AAAGAAAAAAACAAAUAAAAUAGAAAACCCUAGGUUUUUCCAACUUCCAACAACCACGCACUUCCAAAGCGGAAAGGGUUUUUCCUUAGAGCUUCCAAACUUGCCACUUUCACCAUAAAACCCUCUCUUCUUCAAUUCAACUCAUUCCAUGUUCUUCUCCUUCUCCGACCACCCCAAUCCAUUCUCUUCCGAUGUGACGCCGCACCAAAUCAGAGCACAGCCAGUUGUCAAAGAAGAACAACAAGCCCUGUGAUUCCUGUUGUGAGAAGGAUCGUGGGUGAGAAUGGAAGCGCGCGUGGGAAUGGUGAUGGAAGGGGGACAGAGAACCCUCAACGCCGACGGCGUCACGGCCAAGUUUAUGGUGCAGAACACUCACCAGCUCGGCACGCUGCAUCAGCUUCUCGCCGGCGGCAUCGCCGGCGCGUUUAGCAAAACCUGCACUGCCCCCCUUGCGCGCCUCACUAUCCUCUUUCAGGUGCAAGGUAUGCAUUCUGAGGUGGCAGCUUUGAGAAAUCCUAGUAUACGGUGUGAGGCAUCGCGUAUUAUCAAUGAAGAAGGGUUUAGAGCAUUUUGGAAAGGCAAUAUGGUGACCAUUGCUCAUCGUCUUCCUUAUUCUGCGGUCAAUUUCUAUGCUUAUGAACGCUACAAGAAUCUAUUGCAUUCACUGAUGGGGGAGAAUGUUAGGGGAAAUUCAAGUGCACAUCCCCUUGUGCACUUUUUGGGUGGUGGUUUGGCAGGUAUAACAUCUGCUUCUGCCACAUAUCCUUUGGAUCUUGUGAGGACACGACUUGCUGCACAGAGAAGUACCAUGUACUACCGAGGCAUCUCACAUGCUUUCAGUACCAUCUGUAGAGACGAAGGUUUCUUGGGUUUGUACAAGGGGCUUGGAGCAACAUUGUUGGGUGUUGGGCCAAGUAUAGCUAUUAGUUUUUCUGUUUAUGAGUGGUUACGAUCUGUAUGGCAAUCACAAAGGCCUGAUGAUUCUACUGCUGUGGUUGGUCUUGCCUGUGGCAGUCUGUCUGGAAUUGCAUCAUCAACAGCAACAUUUCCUUUGGAUCUUGUUAGGCGUAGGAUGCAAUUAGAGGGUGCUGGUGGUCGAGCUCGUGUCUAUAACACUGGCUUGUUUGGUGCAUUUGGGCGCAUAAUUCAAACCGAAGGGGUUCGAGGUUUGUACAGAGGAAUUCUUCCUGAGUACUAUAAGGUUGUUCCCAGUGUGGGCAUUGUCUUUAUGACGUAUGAAACACUGAAAAUGCUUUUAUCAGGCAUUUCUAAUUAUUAGCGUACUAAAUUUCCAAAUUUGCACUAUAUAACACUCUUGGGAUUAAGGUAAUUGAAAAGUACAAUUUCAGGGAUUGAUCUCUUAGAAGAUUAAUAUCAUAAUGAAUACUUUCUAGGAAGUUUUGUUGAGGUGAUUUUUUCCUGUUAAUAAUGGCAGCAUUUUUGUUCUGUAUA